AUGUCAAAAAUUAGCCAGUUCCAUUCUCUCAUUGGCCUGCCUUGUUUCCUCAUCAGGGUGAAGUUGUGUGUGAUCUUUGGAGUCCUGGUGAUGUUCACAGGAGCUGCCAUGGGUGCGGUUCCUGCUAUCUACAGAUUUAAUCAGAAUCUUACAUGUUAUGGAACUCUGGGAGAAACACUGCACCUGGAGCUGGUCCCUGAGGAUGAAAUAAUAUUAAACAAUAACACCAGUAUAAUUUUAAAAUAUAAAAAGCAAAACAUCACAACAAACCGUUUAGAUCAGCCAAGAUGGCAGUUUAUAGCUGAUAAUAGAACCAUUAUAAUAACCAGAACAGAGAAGAAAGACUCAGGAAGAUACACGUUAGACACCUUUGAUGCAAAGGGUACUAUUAAAGGCAAAUAUCAUCUCCAGCUGAACAUUGAAGCUGCAGUGUCCUCAGUAGUAGUGAAGGAUAACUGCUUCUCCAGUGAGAGGAGGACAGUGUCCUGUUCCUCUGAGGGGGACCAGCUCCACUUCAACUGGACUCUCAGUGGAACCAGAAUCACACAUCUACUGGAUGAUGGAAUCAAGACUCUCCUGCUGGAGAAAGAGUAUGAUGGAAAUGUCACCUGCCAUGUAAAGAAUAACGUCAGCCAUGGACAAAGUUCUAUUCUGUUACACCAGUGCCCUGGAACUUCAACUGCAGAUCCCACAACAGCGGUGAACGUGACAUCACCCAGCAUUGGUAUAAGUCUACCAGUAACUUAUAACAAAACCCUCACCCCCACUCAGAAUCCCAACUCAGGCAUUUAUGUCCCACAUAUAUAUCUGAAACUUAUUCUGAUCAUACUGGGAACUUUCUCUGUACUCCUCAUUAUUCUGUCCAUCAUAGUGUUCCUUGUGUACAAGAAGAAGCAACGCAGCAGAAAGAACACAAGUUCUUCUCAGAAUGGCGAGGAAUUACUGUAUGCUAAAGUCACCCAUAUACCCAACAACGGUACCAAGAGAACAGGCAGAACAACUCUGGCGUCGGAGGAGAAUGUGGAGUAUGCUGUGGUCAUCGGUCGAGACAAUCAGAAGAUUGCAGACGAAGUGCAGUACGGCGAGGUGGUCUUCAAUAAGCAAGGGGUACAUGCAAGGGAGCAGGCCAAUGUACAAGAAGAGUGCACGUACUCUCACGUGCAAUACGAUUGUUAAGGGCCGCACUUGUGCACAUCUCAGUGUGGGUGCCAGAACACAUCCACCUGCCUAUGCAUACCAGUGGUCACAAUAGAAAGAGUGACUGUAAAAUAGUAUUUAAAUGUUUGCAUGGGGAGAGGUAGUCCUGGUAGAGGAAGUUACUGUGGAUAAUUUUCCAGCACUAAAAUAACUCCUGUGUGCUCCUGGUUCAGACUGGGCUUAAUUUAGUGCUUCAGCCCAGAAAGUAGUUUGCAAAUGUAAAAUCAUGCUAACUGCUCUCCAUUGGCUUUCACUGAUUCUUUAGCCAUGUUUUCUUGUGUAAAAGGUGACUUGUGGGCCAGGCAGACUAUUUAAACGUCUAACGUGUCGACGUGUGACUGCUUCCAUAUUUUGUCUGCAUCAUCAAGAAAAUGGGGAAGUGAAAGUUGCUACAUUUUUCCACUUUUCACUUCUGCUUUUGUCUCAUUCCUUUCUCAUGUAAGAUUGUGUUAUUAGGUUUACUUGCCCUAGGCUUACGUUGGGUUUUAGUUAGAUAAAUAUAAUUCUGUGGUGCGCUGCGGAUAAAAGAUCUCACGCUGUUCCUUUAAAAUCUUAACUAAAGAAACUGGGGACAAAUCUUUCAAGCUUUUUUAUAGAGUGCUGUUUAGUUACUUAGAUUAACCCGAACCCACAUUUUAACCAUAACUUCAACGAGGCUGAUAUGGCUCAUCAGAUUAUCAAUGAAUAUUUAACAACCAACAAAACCAACAAAAAAUGUCAACCAAAACACAUUAAGGUAUACUAUUAGUUUUAUAAACAUCUUUUUAUCAGUUUUACUGGCAAUAACAGUUUUUGCUUUAGGAAUUAAUAUAAAGGUAAAAGAUUUGCCAAGAAUAAAAACUAUUCUGAACAGUAACACUGUUAAAUAUUACAUACCAGCAACCUUCAAGCUAAUACCCUUGAUAACAUUACAUAUCAGUUUUCCACCACCAGAUCAGUUCACACCAGAUUGUUAUCAAUAAAAAAAAUAUGUUGGACUUCCUUUUGAUGCUAUGCAACUUUGUGAGUGUGCCCUUAAUAUUAGUACCAUAACAUUUCAAACCAAAGAGUCAGAAACAAAUCAUACCUUUAAUAUGUAGAUUGUUAAUUUGCUCCAAGAAACCCUAACACUCCUAUAAUACCAAACACUUCAAAAAAUUAUUUACUUGCUCUAUAUAUUUACUGUAUGCCACAUAUUAGUCAUUUACAAUUCAGCAAAUAAAUAAAACAUGUAAAUUCUUAUCAAGAAUUAAACCUGAUUCUUAGAAAUGAAAUACCUGGAGUUCACGCUAAUGAUUUCCUUUCAGUGUUUUCAGUUAAUUAGCUUUGCAUGUGUUCCAAUUUCUGAUGUUAACGUGUUAAUAUUAAUAUGUUAAUAAGGAAAACAUGCAAAAUGCAAAAAUAUUUUUUUUUAAAAUACAGGUCAGAACCUGUAUUACCUUUCUUGCAGGGGCAUUAGGACAUUUUCAAGUUACUGUAACUAUAUUUAAUGUGUUUGUACAAAUGGAUGUGUUCUAUUACAGGGUGUUUUAUUUAUUUAUGUAGUGUUGUGCAUUUAUGAGGGCAACUUCCACACCAAUAAAAGAAUCUGUAAAUCGCUUAUGCUAUAUAUUAUAACUUAUAUGAUAUUAUAUUACUACACUGAUUGUAUCAUGUUGUGGUUGUUUUGCUCUCUGUGUAUGCAAUGUCUAAGUUGCUCUUACAAGCUACAAAUGGCAGCACUUUUAUAAAGGAGGUCAAAUUCAGUGUGUUGGCCCUCUAUGUUUUGGGAACCUAUAUGGAUUCAGUUAGUAUUCUGGCCCUGAAAUAGAGUUUGUUUAUAUUGCAUAUAUAAUCUAAUGAAGAGCAAACCUUUGAAUUUAUGAGGUUAUAUUUUGUAGUCUUGUUUGUUGUAUUUGCUUUCUAGUUUUCAGGAAAUUUAAGCUUUAAAUUAUAAUAGAGAGAGAGAGAAACCUGCUGUUAGUUUACUGAUAUGCUAACUGAAGCAUUCAUUUCUAUUGUUUUAGAAUUGCAAUAUCCGAUCAUGUCGCAUAGGUUUGUAAAGAAGCAACAUUUCAAUAAAUGGACUGUACACGUCA